AUAAUCUCAGCCAGGCGUCUGCAGCUGUGCUUCAUUAUUCUGCUGCUGGUGCGGAACUUACAGGCGGACUGCAGGUUCCUUCCCAGAGGGUAGUGGGCCUUGCAGAUGGUCACCUGGUGGUGGGACUCGCCGACAGCCAGCACUGCUUGUAGCAACGCACAGACGCACACUGCCAAGAGAGACCGCCUGGCAUGAAUAGCAGCUAAACAUUAAAAUGGGGAACACCAAUGCUGCAGGAGGGUGCUGUGUAUCACGGGCUUCUGAAAUGGGUAUCGAUCAUGCUGAGUUUGAGAAGGCCGGAAAGCAGCCAGGACUUCAGGUCUGGAGGGUGGAGAAGUUCGACCUUGUGGCAGUUCCUCAAAAUCAGUACGGUUCAUUCUUCACUGGUGACGCUUACCUUGUCCUGAACACCAUCAAGCAGCGCUCCGGGAAUCUGCAAUACGACCUGCAUUACUGGCUGGGUGAUGAAUGUACUCAGGAUGAGAGCGGAGCUGCUGCUAUUUUCACGGUACAGAUGGACGACCAUCUUGGUGGAAAGCCCAUCCAAAACCGUGAGGUUCAAGGAUAUGAGUCCUCUGUGUUCUCGGGAUACUUCAAGUCUGGCAUCAAGUACAAGGCUGGCGGAGUUGCCUCUGGCUUUACGCACGUAGUUCCAAAUGACGUAGAUAUCAAAAGGCUUCUACAUGUCAAAGGCCGGCGCCUGGCGAGGGCCACAGAGGUGGCAGUGGGCUGGGAAAGCUUCAAUCAAGGUGACUGCUUUAUUCUUGAUCUGGGUGGUGAGAUCUAUCAGUGGUGCGGAUCAAAGUCAAACAGGUUUGAGAAGCUGAAAGCAACAACUAUCGCCAAAGAUAUUCGGGAUAAUGAAAGACAUGGACGCGCCAAGGUGUAUGUAAUGGAGGAAGGCAUGGAGCGAGAGAAAAUGAUAGAGGUUCUGGGAGAGAAGCCAGACUUGCCAGAAGGACCCUCUGAUGACAUUAAAGCCGAUGCGUCCAAUAGGAAGCUUGCUAAGCUGUAUAAGGUGUUCCAUGAAGGAGGAAAUGCUGAUGUGGUUUCCAACAGCGAUGGAUCCAUGUCAGUGUCUCUUGUGGCAGAUGAGAACCCGUUUACACAGUCUGCGCUGAAUUCAGACGACUGCUUUAUUUUAGAUCAUGGCUCUGAUGGAAAAAUAUUUAUAUGGAAAGGUAAAAAUGCCAACCUAGAAGAGAAGAAGGUGGCUUUAAAAACUGCCACUGAGUUCAUAUCAAAAAUGGGAUAUCCAAAACAAACCCAGAUUCAAGUUCUCCCAGAAAGUGGGGAGACUCCUUUGUUUAAGCAAUUCUUUAAGAACUGGCGGGACAAGGAGCAGACUGAAGGUUUGGGCUUGGCUUAUAUAUCCAAUCACAUUGCUAAGAUUGACAAUGUGCCUUUUGAUGUCAGCUCUCUGCACGAGUCCUCAGCAAUGGCUGCGCAGCAUGGUAUGGUAGAUAAUGGUACCGGCAAAAAACAGAUCUGGCGCAUUGAAGGAUCUGAGAAAGUGCCUGUGGCUGAGUCCCAAUACGGCCAGUUCUAUGGGGGAGACAGUUACAUCAUUUUAUACAAUUACAGUCAUGGUGGGAAACGAGGGCAGAUUAUUUAUACUUGGCAAGGAGCUGAUUCUACUAAAGAUGAAAUCACGGUGUCUGCGUUCCUGAGUGCGCAGCUGGAUGAGGAACUUGGAGGAAGUCCAGUGCAGAGCUUAAGUGGGGGGCUGCGAUCUCAGGUUCGAGUUGUGCAGGGUAAAGAACCAGCGCACUUACUAAGUCUGUUUGGUGGGAAACCAUUAGUUGUCUACAACGGUGGAACGUCAAGAGAAGGAGGUCAGACAGACGCGGCAGACGCACGUUUGUUCCAGGUCCGGGCUUCAUCUUCUGGCUUCACCAGAGCAGUAGAGUUGGAGGCCACUGCAAACAACCUGAACUCCAAUGAUGCAUUUGUGCUGAAGACUCCCACAGCGGCGUAUCUCUGGUUCGGACAAGGGUCUAGUGAUGCUGAGAAACGGGGAGCUAAUGACUUAUUAAACAUCCUGGGGAUUUCCGCUUCACAAAUUGCAGAAGGAGGUGAAACCGAUGAUUUCUGGGAAGCGCUGGGUGGAAAAGCUGCGUAUCGCACCUCUGCAAGACUGAAGAACAGACUGAACGCUCACCCUCCUCGUCUCUUUGCUUGCUCCAAUAAGACCGGGCGCUUCAUUAUUGAGGAAGUCCCAGGAGAAAUCACUCAGGAUGACCUAGCAACAGAUGAUGUCAUGCUCCUAGACACCUGGGACCAGCUUUUUGUCUGGAUUGGAAAUGAAGCCCAAGAUGAAGAAAAGAAAGAAGCUGUAGCUUCAGCUUCCAAGUAUAUUGCAAGUGACCCGGCCAACAGAGACAAGAGAACGCCAAUUGCAGUCAUCAAGCAAGGAUUUGAGCCGCCCACCUUCACAGGAUGGUUCCUUCCCUGGGAUGCCGAUUACUGGGCUGUUGACCCAUUGGAGAAAGCAUUGGCUGAACUCCGUCUGUGACCUCCCAGUAGCUUGCUUCUAGCAAACCUUGUGCCUUUGUCCUCUAUGGAAACCACUUUAUCCGCAAGAGACGUUUACUAGUGCACUAGCCAUGCAAUAACCAAGAAUUUAUACCACUUAUACUUUUGAAUAUUUAAAUUAAAAUAAAGCUUGAACAAA